AACAGUGAACAUUUCAUUAUUAACCAUUGAAUAGAGAAUACGUUCCUGAGCGAACCUAAAUAUUGAAAAUUUGUUUAAAUUCAACUGAUAGUCGUCAACGCAAAAUGCUGCAAGUGCAGGCGGUGCAUCGCGAUGAAAAGCAGGCGGUGAAGCUGAAGAAGACCACGUAUUUGCCCUAUCUGUUCAACCUGGUCUUGCCGAAGAUGUUCUACCCCAAUCGCAUUGUGGUGGCCCGGCUCUAUACCGAUGUCCAUGAGCACGACAAGCAGGCAGCCGAAUACUUCGAGGGCUUCCAGACGCCCUGCUUCGAGGUGCCCGCUUCCCUGUUCCCGGGCGAGGCACCGCUGGACAAGAUCGUCUUCAUGCCCACGGUCAUGUUGCCCAUGGGCUUCGAAGCCGGCGGGGUAUUUGGCCCUGGUGUUCUUCCACGGCGUUCCUAUCCCAUCGACCUGAUGGCCUCGGGUCACAAGGGUCAAACGCCGCCGCUGUUUGUCGGUCUGCGCAGCCUGUAUGUCCAGCUGCCAUCGGGCAUCGAGAGUUUCCUGGACACCGUGGUCGAUAAUGCGGCCGGCCAGGACGCACUGGUCUAUGGGUCUUGCCAACCCGGCAAUCAUCCAUCAAAAGGCGAACAGUCCAAGGAACUGAUGCAUAGCAAUGAUUGCUCCUUGUCGAUAGCAUACAACUUGCCGGCACCACCGACUCCACCGUCGCCCUAUCCAUUUCCUCCUCUCCCGGUGCAGUACAACAUUUACACCCCGGAUCUGUCCAAUGUCCACAUGCUCAUGCUGCAGCAACGCAACCCGACGGUGGCCCUGCUGUCCACCGUCAACCAUCCGCACGUACCCGCCGUGGCAUUCGCCACCAUGGGCGAUGAGGAGUGCCCCAAAUUCGAGCUGCCCAGCGAUAUCUUCCCCAUCUGUGAGGGCGUCAAUCGUCCCAUCUUUCUGCCCAGACGUUUCUUGCCCAAGGGAUUCGAUGCCGGCUGCGUCUUCAAGCCGGCCAGUCUGCCGAAGUUGUGGUUCGUGAAGCACAUUGGUGGUUUCAACCGACCACAGCCGCAGCACAACAAUGCCAUCACACCACCGCUGUUCGUGGGCAAGAUCUCCCUCGUCGUGGGUGCUCAUCAUUUGGCCAAGGAACUUCAACGGCAGGGCGAGCAGAAGGCUCAGUCAGAGGGGGCAGAGGGGGGAUCACUUAAGGUGGUCGAGCCCAAUGGGGGCUUCAUUCCCGUUACCCAGGGCUUCAUGGUAAUGGAAACGGAGCAGCAGACGCCUCCGCGAGGUGCUUACUCCUUGGAGAGCUACCAGGAGGCCAGCGAGAAGGGAUGCGUUGUGAGGGCCAUCAAGGAUGAGGCCAUCGAAGCCACUGACACUCUUCUAUCGAAGCUGGCAUCGAAACCGGAGGACAUGCAAAAGAAGUACCUCUCGUGCUUCAAAGUUGACAGCGACAUUGAUCUGAUGGCCGAGGCCAUGGCCGACAUGGGCACCGCCGAGAUGAGUCUGCUGGCCAAGAGGGAGACACUGCCCGGUGUCGAUGGUCCACGCGCCCUGGAUCAGCUGCGCCAGGUGGUCGAGGAUCGCAGCCAGAUCCGCAGCCACACCGACCAGCUGAUCCAGGAUCACAUCUACAGAAUGGAUCGCAAUCGCAUGCUGGCCCUGCGCCAGCCAUUUGCGCCUUGGUUCGGAUGUGGCACGAUCGAAAGAAAGUAAUGUUCCAAAUAUGUAGUGCUUGAUAAACUUGUAAUAAAUAUUAUCCUUUACUUUGAUUGCA